AUGGAGCCGCCGCGCACGGCGUCGCGCCACGCGGCGGCGCCGCCCCCGCCGCCCGCUUCAGAGGUGUCGAGCGUAGGGAGCUCUGCAGGGGGCGGCACCUCGGGCAGCGCGGGCCGGGCCCCGCGUGCCCCUCCUGGGGCGGCCGAGCCGGCCCCGAGCGCUUUCAAGGCGACAAUGGCGACGCUUCAGCAGUCCAAGGCGGCGUCGCCGGCGCCUGGAAGCGGCGGCGGCGGCCCGGGGAAGCUGCAGGGCGUGCCCAAGCUCGCGCUGCAUGUUCUAGGCAAGACGCCCGUGCCGCCGCAGCAGCAGCAACUGGGCUCUCUGGGCCGGCCCCGACCGGGCAGCAGCAGCAGCAGCGGCGACGGCGCGGCCGCCGGCGACAGCGGCGGCGGCUCGGUCGGCGGCCGCGGGGGCGGCGGCGGCACCACCCGCGGCGGCGGGGCAGUUGCGGCGCCGCGGCUUGGAGCGGCCGGAGACGCGGCGGGCCUGCGCGCGGCGGCUGCCUCCAGUCGGAUCCCGCGGAUCCCAGCGGACGAGGCGGCAGAGGGCCCGCUGCAGGCAGCUGGCCGGGGUGGACACGAGGGGGAGCGCGGCGGCAGACCAGAGGCACAGCCCAUGCCAACCGACGCAACGCCGACCCGGCCUGCGGCGCCCGCACGUGACGCUGCCGCGGCCGCUGCCGCGCAGCGGCCGAGCCAGCUGCCUCGCACGCCACGGGCCGGCAUCGGCCCGCAGCCCGGCGCGGGGGCCGUUGCGGCGGGGGGCCAAGCGGCAGCGGGCACAGUCCGGGACAGUCCGGGCUCGCGCACUCCCCCUCUUGCGCGGAGGGCUUCCGGCAUUGGUUCCGGCCUCACCCCGCGGGGCGCCUCGCAAGGCGCCCCCUCCACCGCUGCCGCCGCGCCCCGCCCGGGCCCAUCCCCUCGCGCCGGCCCUCUGACACCUCGGGGCUACGCCGCCGCGUGCGGCAUGGCGGGCGUGGCGGGCGGCGCGGCGCCGCAGCGUGCGCCGGGCGCAGGCGCGGGUGCGGGCUCGUCGACGCCGCCGCUAUCGUCGCGAGCGUCCUCAGGCAUGUGGGCCGGCGGCGCCGGGCGGCAGACGCCGCCGGCGCGGCAGGCGCUGCAGAGCGCCGGUGUGCCCAGCGGGCCCACGCGAACCCCGCGGCCGUCCAUCACCCCGAGAGGAAACGCUACAGGCAGCGCCGGCGGUGUUGGCGGCACUGCGGCGCUGUCGCGGACGCCGACGGGUGCUGGGUCCAUGCGCACACCGCGCGGGCAGGCGGCUCUCACACCCCGCGGGCAGGCGGCCUUGACGCCGCGGGGGGAGGCGGCGCUCACACCGCGCGGGCAGGCGGCCUCAACACCGCGCGGGCAGCCGGCUCUCACACCGCGGGGGCAGGCGGCGCUCACACCGCGGCGGCAGGCGGCGCUCACACCGCGCGGGCAGGCGGCCUCAACACCGCGCGGGCAGGCGGCUCUCACACCGCGCGGGCAGGCGGCGCUCACACCGCGCAGUCAGCAGCAGCAGCAUGCAAUGGCGGGUCCCAAGCAGCAGCAGCAGCAGCAGCAGCAGCAGCAGCGGCACGACCAGGCGGAGGGCAGCCUGGUGCCCUCUGUUGACACGCGGCUGCGGAUGGAGGAGCAGGCGCAGGCAGUGAGGGACCAGCUGCGGCUGCUGCGCAUGCAGGAGCUGCAGUGGCGCCACAUGCGGGCCAGGGCGGCGGCGGCGCACGCGGCUCGCAAGACUAAGGGUGAGCGCGCGCUGGCCUGCGUGUCGGCGGCGGUGGUCGACCUGAGCGGCCGCGUGGCGGCGCUGCAGGCGGCGCACGACGAGGCGGAGUGGGGCGCGGCGCUGGGCGCGGCGCUCGGGGAGCAGCUGCCGCUGCUGCGGGGCUGGGGCGCGGAGCAGGACGCCCGCGAGGCGGCCCUGGCCAGUGUGCAGGCGUCGCUGCGCGCCGCGCUCUCGCGCCUGCCGCUGGUCAACGGCGCGACCGCGGGCCCCAGGGCCGCCGCGCCCGACGUCGCCGCGCUGCAGGCGGUGCUGGCGCGGGGGGGCGAGGCCAUGGCGCGGCUGCGGCCCGCGUUGCAGCGCUUGAUCGGUGAUGCUGGGCAGCAGCAGGCGCAGGAGCAGCAGCAGCAGCAGCAGCUACUUGACCGUCCUAACAGACCUGGGAGCACCGUCGUGCGUGGGAUCGGGGCCCCGGGCAUUGGGGAUCAGGAGCAGCAACCGCAGCUCCAACGGUCCCACAACCCCCACGACCCUCAGCAGCAGCAGCGGCAGCAGAAUGCCGCGGGCGAUGGCAGCGCGAGCGGCACCGCCGGCCCGGCCGGCGGCGCGGGGCGCGCGCCCAGCGUGGCGACGACGGCAGCGUACGCCCGCGAGCUGAUAGACCUCGCCUGCGACUCUGUGGCGCGCCUGGGGGGGAUCCGCUGCCGCCUGGAGCAGCUGGCUGACGCGGCGCUGUACGCCAACAGCAUGGAGGCGCAGCUCGCGCAAAUGGCGCCCGCCCGCCGCGCUUGA